UCAAUUUGUACGAAAUAGUUUCCUGUUAAAAUUGUAAGCUAUAUUUGCAUUAUUUUUUGUAAUGAACGAGUUCCAAUAGUUUUAUAAUAUAAGUACUAAUAGAAAAAAUGGAUCCUCGGAUUCAUCGAAGAGUCGAGCCAGAGAAAAGUGCCGGAGAUAUGGUUGUCGAAUGGCUUAACGAAGCUUCCAUAUGCGGUAAUGAAGCUGUUAAAGUACAAAACUUGUGCAAAACACAAGAAAUCCUAUUGAAUAAGGAACCACUUUUAUUAAAUAUGUAUCUAGAUGAAAUGUUGCAGUUUGCUAUCGAUAGAAAUGCUGAAGUUAGAAAAACUAUUGCUGGCUUUAUCGAGGAUUUGGGAGAGAAGAAGCCAGAAGUCAUUCCUAGAAUUAUUUUAGUGUUAAUAAGACUCAUUACCGAUCCCACACCAGUCGUAGCUAAACGAGCUUUAAGAGCCAGUGGCAGGAUUCUUAGGGCUACUCUAAAAUGGGCAGCGAGCGCACCGAUAGUCACACCAGAUAUGGAAAAUGCAUGGGCACAAAUUAGCGGUUUAAAGAUUCAAAUUAUAAAUAUGAUUGAUAGCGAUAACGACGGUAUAAGAACGCAGGCCCUAAAGUUUCUCGAAGGAGUUGUUUUAAUUCAAACUUAUCCGGAUCCAGAUUCGCCAAAGAAGCCAGAUGACUUUUCUUUAGAAGAUGUGCCGUUAACGUUAAAAAUAGCUCGCAGAAGAAAAUUGGAAGAAGAAGCGAAUCAUGUAAUGGAUCUGUUAAUAAAGUUUUAUGGUUCGCCACACGUAAGCAGUGUUAAUUUAAUUACGUGCAUGGGAUCUUUAUCUCUUAUUGCAAAAAUGAGACCCCAAUUUAUGCCCAAUGUCAUCCAAGCGAUGCAAAGGUUGCAAAGCGAUCUACCACCAACUUUGUCCGACUCUCAAGUAACAAGUGUUCAGAAACAAUUGAAGUUAACUUUAUUUAGCCUAUUAAAGCAUCCAGCUAGUAUCGAGUAUGCUCAGCCACUUGCCAGACAACUUACGCAACUUGGCUGUAAAGAAACUGAAAUCCUAAAAUACUUUCCAAAACCAGAAGAUAUAAAGAAAGUGAAGAAACGACAGCAAGAGAAUGUGGCUGCAGCUAUAGCUGCCAAAAAGGCAAGAAUUGAAAUUCCUGUUAUGUCAGCGGAGGAAUCUGAAGCAGUACCACUACCCGUCCCUCCGCCAAAGUUGCCAGAUUUAAUUGAACUUUCGGAUACUUUUAUAUCUGAAAGAUUGAGCGUUGAGAUUGCCACCGAAUUAGUAAUGGAUAGUAUGGCAUGGGUGCCAGAUACAAUGACAUCGAUAUUCCAAAGGGAAUACCAACCAACAGCCACAACGGAUAUUACAAAACAACGUCAAGUUAUUGGGAAAUUGUUAGCCGUUCAAAUAAAGCAAGCAAAGGCAAAGAAAAUCAAGAGUGACUCAAAGGAGGUUGACAUUGUUAUGGAAGAUUUAAUUAAAAAUCCUAGUAUUACCGUUGCAGAGGUUAAAAGGGAAAGGAAACGCGAAAAAGAUCGAGAAAAGGAACAGCAAGCGAAAGCUUCCUUGGAGGCACAUGAGAAGUCAUUAGCCAAGGCUCGAAGUCGUUUAAAGUCUCUAAAGCUUUCGGAAGUGACUAAACCACUUCUGAAAGAUGCCAGGGAUAAAAUGUUACUUAUGGCUGUAAAUAGAAUUCUAGCGACUGAAAAGAGUGGAAUACUCGGUGGUGUUUCCAAUACCAGGAUGAAGAUUCUAACGACUUUAGCGGCAACAUUCAAUCCUUAUGUGAAAGAAGCCAUCCUGCGUCACAUAACCGAGGAUAUGCGUACGCGUCUAGAGUUGGCACUUUGUUGGCUGUACGAGGAGUACGCGCUGUUACAGGGUUUCCAGCGUCGUACAAUACUAUGCUCAAAGCCAACGGAAGCGCCCCACCAAGCUUACAACUUCUUGUUAUGCACCCUCGUCUCAGCAAUUGACACGAUACCUGGUAAGGAUCGCGAUGGCUUAUUGGCACGGCUCUACCUUGAAGCGCCUCUCAUAACCGAGGAUGCAGUCGAGGCCCUUAAGACGGUGUCAUCCGAGGAGUCCAGGGGUCUUGCGCCUCUGCAGCUGCUAAAAGAGCUAGUCGUAAGGAGGCCAACUAAACAGCUUAUCUUUCUUAAUGUAUUGCUUUGUCAUACUGGACACGAGAACAGUAUGAUACGCGAGAAUGCAAUCCAGCUGGUGGUUCAGCUCUACGGAAGAUCGGAACUUUGCAAGCUCAUCGAAGAGUAUGCAGUAUUGUAUCUGGGCUUUUUGCGACUGCCUAGUCCCCCUGAAAUUGUAUUUGGACAAGAUCGGGGAAGACCUCAAAUUGAAGAUAACUGGACCGAGUCAACGACACGCGCUUGCCUUAGUCUUUAUCUCGCACUCCUUACCGAACAUCAUAUUCUUAUCCAUGAGCUUGCGCGCGUUUACACAUCCAUGAGCGCCGACGUUAAAAGGAUCGUGUUGAGGCUCGUCGAAAGCCCCGUGCGCACUCUCGGUAUGGCCAGUCCUCAGUUGCUCGAACUUGUCGAGAAUUGUCCUAAAGGUGCCGAAACCCUUAUCACGAGAAUCAUUCAUAUUCUCACGGAGAAAGCUCCUCCAAGUGCAGAAUUGGUUGCGAGGGUUCGUGAAUUGUAUCAAACAAGAGUCUCGGAUGUUCGAUUUUUAAUUCCUGUUCUCAAUGGCUUAUCAAAAAAAGAAGUUAUCGCAGCGUUACCAAAACUUAUAAAAUUGAAUCCCAUUGUUGUAAAGGAAGUGUUCAAUAAAUUACUUAUGACACACAAUAAUGAUAGCGGAAUACCUCAUACAUCACCAGUUACUCCAGCAGAACUUUUGAUUGCUUUACACAAUAUAGAAUCGAGUAAAGCAGAGCUUAAGACUGUCAUAAAAGCGACAUCUCUUUGUUUUGCUGAAAAACAAAUAUUUACCCAAGAAAUUGUGGCUGUGGUGAUGCAACAGCUUAUGGAUAUGACUCCGUUGCCUACAUUAUUAAUGCGUACUGUCAUACAAAGUUUGUCUCUUUAUCCACGUUUAAGUGGAUUCGUCAUGAAUAUCUUGCAACGUUUAAUACUUAAACAAGUUUGGAAGCAGCCAAAAGUUUGGGAAGGUUUUGUUAAAUGUUGCGAGAGAACUCAACCACAGAGUUUUGCAGUCAUACUUCAAUUACCUCCUGCGCAGCUCAUCGAAGCACUUAAAAUGGCACCAAAUAUUCGAGGGCCACUUGUUUCACAUGUAGAAUCUUUUGCUGACAAUCAAAAAGCACAUAUCCCUCAAUCAAUUAUGGAUGUGAUUAAAGGAAAACCACCAAUUCUAAUGCACGAUGAUUUUGAUAUUGCUCCCCCUGGUGAUUUUCCAAUAGAACGACAAGAUUCAGCUGAUUUUGAGAAUUUAGAACCAGCACCACCUGGUUUAGAUUAACGAAGUAUAUUUUUUUAUUGUAAAUUACAAACUUAAAAAAGUAUACUGGCUUGUUUUUAACACCGUGAAAUCUUUUAUCAUUUGAUUAUUUAUAAUUUUGUUUUGUUUUCUGAUAUUUAAAUGUGUAGAAUGU